AUGGCUCGCUUUGGGGAGGCGGUGGCUGGGAGGCUGGGCUCUGGAGACGGCGCUUCCGACCAGAACCGGAGCCAGCAAGGACCUCCUGCCCCUGCGGGAGGGACCCCGGGAGCCUUCAAGCAAACCAAAGCGCAGAGAGCCCGGACUAUGGCUCUGUACAACCCUAUCCCCGUCCGGCAGAACUGCUUCACCGUCAACAGAUCGCUCUUCCUCUUUGGGGAAGAGAACAUAGUCAGGAAAUACGCCAAGAAGCUCAUCGACUGGCCUCCCUUCGAGUACAUGAUCCUGGCGACCAUCAUUGCCAACUGCAUCGUGCUGGCCCUUGAGCAGCACCUCCCUGAGGACGACAAGACGCCCAUGUCGCGGAGAUUAGAGAAGACGGAGCCCUACUUCAUCGGGAUUUUCUGCUUCGAGGCUGGGAUUAAGAUCGUGGCUCUGGGGUUCGUAUUCCACAAGGGCUCGUACCUGCGCAACGGCUGGAAUGUCAUGGACUUCAUCGUGGUCCUCAGCGGCAUCCUCGCCACUGCAGGGACGCACUUCAACACCCACGUGGACCUGCGGACGCUGCGGGCCGUGCGCGUGCUCAGACCUCUGAAGCUUGUCUCGGGCAUUCCCAGCCUGCAGAUUGUGCUGAAAUCCAUCAUGAAGGCCAUGGUGCCUCUCCUCCAGAUCGGCUUGCUGCUCUUUUUUGCUAUCCUCAUGUUUGCCAUCAUCGGCCUGGAGUUUUACAGCGGGAAGCUGCACCGAGCCUGCUACACAAACAAUUCAGGUGAACUAGAGGAGCUGGACCCUCCCCAUCCAUGCGGGGUGCAGGGUUGCCCCCCAGGCUACGAAUGCCGGGAGUGGAUCGGUCCCAACGAUGGGAUCACACAGUUCGACAACAUCCUCUUUGCUGUGUUGACCGUCUUCCAGUGCAUCACCAUGGAAGGGUGGACCACAGUCCUGUACAAUACCAAUGAUGCCUUAGGAGCCACCUGGAACUGGCUGUACUUCAUCCCCCUCAUCAUCAUUGGAUCCUUCUUUGUCCUCAACCUUGUCCUGGGAGUGCUUUCGGGGGAGUUUGCCAAAGAGCGCGAGCGAGUGGAGAACCGCCGAGCCUUCAUGAAGCUGCGGCGUCAGCAGCAGAUCGAGCGGGAGCUCAACGGCUACCGGGCCUGGAUAGACAAAGCGGAGGAAGUCAUGCUGGCUGAAGAGAACAAAAACGCUGGGACCUCAGCCUUAGACGUGCUCAGGCGAGCCACCAUCAAAAGGAACCGGACGGACGCCAUGAACCGUGAUUCGAGCGACGAGCACUGCGUUGAUAUCUCCUCCGUGGGUAACCCCUUGAGUCACUCUGGUCUCAAAGGUGCCAGAGUGGACGGUGCCUCCUACUUACGGCACAAGGAGCGACUCCUGCGCAUCUCCGUUCGCCACAUGGUGAAAUCCCAGGUCUUCUACUGGAUCGUCUUGAGCCUGGUGGCUCUCAACACUGCCUGCGUAGCCAUCGUCCAUCAUAACCAGCCAGCCUGGCUCACCCACUUCCUCUACUAUGCAGAGUUCCUAUUUCUUGGACUCUUCCUCCUGGAGAUGUCCUUAAAGAUGUAUGGGAUGGGGCCGCGCCUUUACUUCCAUUCUUCCUUCAACUGCUUCGACUGCGGGGUCACAGUGGGAAGCAUCUUUGAAGUGGUUUGGGCUAUCUUCAGACCAGGAACCUCUUUUGGGAUCAGUGUCCUACGAGCCCUUCGUCUCCUGCGAAUAUUUAAAAUAACGAAGUACUGGGCAUCCCUGAGGAAUUUGGUGGUCUCGCUGAUGAGCUCCAUGAAGUCUAUUAUUAGCCUGCUCUUCCUCCUCUUCCUGUUCAUUGUAGUCUUUGCCCUGCUGGGAAUGCAGCUGUUUGGAGGCAGGUUUAACUUCAUUGAUGGGACACCAUCGGCCAACUUCGACACUUUCCCCGCAGCCAUCAUGACAGUGUUCCAGAUCCUGACAGGUGAGGACUGGAACGAGGUGAUGUACAACGGCAUCCGCUCCCAGGGAGGUGUUCGCUCGGGCAUGUGGUCCUCCAUCUAUUUCAUCGUCCUCACCUUGUUUGGAAACUAUACUCUGCUGAACGUGUUCUUGGCCAUUGCAGUGGACAACCUGGCCAACGCUCAGGAGCUCACCAAAGACGAGCAAGAGGAAGAGGAGGCCUUUAACCAGAAGCACGCCCUUCAGAAAGCCAAAGAAGUCAGCCCCAUGUCCGCCCCAAACAUGCCAGCUAUUGAAAGAGACAGGCGAAGGAGACACCACAUGUCGAUGUGGGAGCCACGCAGCAGCCACCUGCGGGAGCGUCGCCGGCGUCACCACAUGUCGGUGUGGGAGCAGCGCACCAGCCAGCUGCGCCGGCACAUGCAGAUGUCCAGCCAGGAGGGCAUCAACAAGGCCGAACCGCCCCUCGUCAACCCCCAUGCCAGCAUCUUCCGCAGGAAGAAACCAGGGGAUGGCGUCACCCUGGAGAAAUGCGCUGAGGAGCAGGGUGGCAAGGGCGAGCGGCCGCCGGCCGAGGAACCCGAGCACCGCUCGGCCAGCCAGGAGAUGGGUCUGGAGGAGGCCAGCCCCACGGAGGGGCCGCAGGAUGGGGAGCGGUGCGGGGAUGUGGCCGCAACAGAGGUCCUGAUUGAGGGGGAGUCAGAGGCGAGCGGAGAUCCGGUCAGGACAAACGAGGUCCCUGCUGGCGAUGCCGAGCUGGUUGGGACCAUGGAGGAGGGGAGCCCCCCGCAAGCAGAGCCCGAGCCCCUCCGGGGGAAGACGGGGAGCCUGACAGAGCAGGACUGCGGCAGCCUGGACACCAGUGAGCAAGCACUGCUGGAGGCCAGCCGCACCGUCAGCCGGAGUGAGCCCGACCUCUCCUCCAUCACCGCCAACACCGAGAAGGCCACGGAGAGCACCACCAUCAUGAUCGAUGUCCACGACUCCGCUGUGGUACAGAUUAGCAACAAGACAGACGGUGAAGCCAGCCCCUUAAAGGAGGCCGAGACCAAAGAGGACGAGGAGGAGAUGGAGAACAAGAAGCGGAAGAAGGAGAAAAGCGAGACGGGGAAAGCGAUGGUGCCACACAGUUCCAUGUUCAUCUUCAGCACCACCAACCCGGUGCGGAGGGCUUGCCACUACAUCGUGAACCUGCGCUACUUCGAGAUGUGCAUCCUCCUGGUGAUCGCCGCCAGCAGCAUCGCCCUCGCGGCGGAGGAUCCCGUCCUCACCAACUCCGACCGCAACAAAGUCCUGAGGUAUUUCGACUACGUCUUCACUGGUGUCUUCACCUUCGAGAUGGUUAUCAAGAUGAUCGAUCAGGGCUUGAUCCUGCAGGACGGCUCCUAUUUCCGAGACCUCUGGAACAUCCUGGAUUUCAUCGUGGUUGUGGGAGCGCUGGUGGCUUUUGCCUUGGCGAAUGCUUUGGGGACCAACAAGGGCCGGGAUAUCAAGACCAUCAAGUCUCUCCGUGUUCUACGGGUUUUGAGGCCCCUGAAAACCAUCAAGCGACUGCCCAAGCUGAAGGCCGUCUUCGACUGUGUCGUGACUUCCCUCAAGAACGUCUUCAACAUCCUCAUCGUCUACAAGCUCUUCAUGUUCAUCUUUGCUGUCAUUGCCGUCCAGCUCUUCAAGGGGAAGUUCUUCUACUGCACUGACAGCUCUAAGGACACGGAGAAGGAUUGCAUAGGCAACUAUGUGGACCAUGAGAAGAACAAGAUGGAGGUGAAGUGCCGGGAGUGGAAACGCCACGAGUUUCACUACGACAAUAUCAUCUGGGCUUUGCUCACCCUGUUCACAGUCUCCACUGGCGAGGGUUGGCCCCAGGUGCUGCAGCACUCGGUGGACGUGACGGAGGAAGACCGUGGGCCCAGCCGCAGCAAUCGCAUGGAGAUGUCCAUUUUUUAUGUGGUCUAUUUUGUGGUCUUCCCUUUCUUCUUCGUCAACAUUUUCGUGGCUCUCAUCAUCAUCACGUUCCAAGAGCAAGGAGACAAAAUGAUGGAGGAGUGCAGUCUGGAGAAGAACGAGAGGGCCUGUAUUGACUUUGCCAUCAGCGCCAAGCCCCUCACACGGUACAUGCCCCAGAACCGGCACACCUUCCAGUACCGGGUCUGGCACUUUGUGGUCUCCCCAUCCUUUGAGUACACCAUCAUGGCCAUGAUAGCAUUGAACACCGUGGUGCUGAUGAUGAAGUACUACUCUGCUCCGUACACCUAUGAGCUGGCCCUGAAGUACCUGAAUAUCGCGUUCACCAUGGUGUUCUCCUUGGAGUGCAUCCUCAAGAUCAUCGCUUUCGGCUUCCUGAAUUAUUUCCGGGACACCUGGAACAUCUUUGACUUCAUCACCGUCAUUGGCAGCAUUACAGAGAUCAUCCUGACAGACACCAAGCUGGUGAACACCAGCAGCUUCAACAUGAGCUUCCUGAAGCUCUUCCGGGCUGCUCGGCUCAUCAAGCUGCUGCGCCAGGGUUACACCAUCCGCAUCCUGCUCUGGACGUUCGUGCAGUCCUUCAAGGCCCUCCCCUAUGUCUGCCUCUUGAUCGCCAUGCUUUUCUUCAUCUACGCAAUCAUUGGGAUGCAGGUUUUUGGCAAUAUCAAACUAGAUGAGGAAAGCCACAUUAACAGGCACAACAACUUCCGUAGCUUCCUGGGCUCCCUCAUGCUCCUCUUCAGGAGUGCCACAGGAGAGGCAUGGCAGGAGAUCAUGCUGUCCUGCCUGGAGGGCAAAGGCUGUGAGCCAGACACAACGGCGACGUCCGGGCAGAACGAGAAUGAGCGCUGCGGCACCGACCUGGCCUACGUUUACUUUGUCUCUUUCAUCUUCUUCUGCUCUUUCCUGAUGCUCAACCUGUUCGUGGCAGUCAUCAUGGACAAUUUUGAAUACCUGACUCGGGAUUCCUCCAUCCUGGGACCUCACCAUCUAGAUGAGUUUGUCCGGAUCUGGGCAGAGUAUGACAGAGCAGCGUGUGGCCGAAUCCAUUACACUGAGAUGUAUGAAAUGCUGACUCUUAUGUCACCACCGCUAGGCCUCGGCAAGAGAUGUCCUUCCAAAGUGGCCUAUAAGAGACUGGUGCUGAUGAACAUGCCCGUGGCCGAGGACAUGACGGUCCAUUUUACCUCCACCUUGAUGGCGCUGAUACGCACAGCCUUGGACAUCAAAAUUGCCAAAGGUGGUGCAGAUUGGCAGCAGUUGGACUCCGAGCUUCAAAAGGAGAUCCUGACCAUUUGGCCUCACUUGUCCCAGAAGAUGCUUGACCUGUUGGUACCCAUGCCAAAAACCUCUGACCUGACUGUUGGCAAAAUAUAUGCAGCCAUGAUGAUCAUGGAUUACUACAAGCAGAGCAAAGCAAAGAAGCAGCGACAGCAGCUGGAAGAGCAGAAAAAUGCCCCCAUGUUCCAGCGCAUGGAGCCAUCCUCCUUGCCGCAGGAAAUCAUCUCUAACGCAAAGGCUCUGCCUUACCUCCAGCAAGACACGCUCUCGGGCCUGAGCAGCCGGAGCGGGUUCCCCUCGCUAAGCCCGCUCUCUCCGCAGGAGAUCUUCCAGCUGGCAUGCAUGGACCCGGCCCACGGGCAGUUCCAUGAGCACCAGUCUCUGGAGCCAGAGGUUAGGGAGUUUCAAAGAGUGCAGCCCUCUAACCGUGGCAGCUACCUUCCCGUGGACACUCAGGACCACGCUGUCUCUGGGAGGGCCUCCUCCAUGCCUCGUCUCACUGUGGAUCCCCAGGUAAAACCAAGCAAAGCCCCCACAGGCCACCGGUCCGACGGGCAUCGCUCGGGCGGCAGGGAGAGGGGCCGAUCCAAAGAGCGCAAGCACUUGCUGUCCCCUGACAUCUCCCGCUGCAACUCGGAGGAGAGGAGUCCUCAGGCGCACGAUGAGUCGCUGGAGCGGCGGUGCGAGUCCCGGUCACCCAGCGAGGGCAGGUCACAGACACCCAACAGGCAGGGAACGGGCUCCCUGAUUCUGUAUUUGCUGUUAACUGUAGAAGCCCGUUUCCGAAAGUGA